CUCAAGUCAAGGACCUCACUUCAUCGACUCCAAGCGACCGUGGUCCAAAAUGCCUCAAAUCUCCGACAUGGGUUCGUUAAACCGCCCUUGGAUAAGCUUCGCUAUACUCGUACUGUUCAACAUUGCAAAAAAAUGAUAGUGAAAAUGAUGCCAAGACUUUGUAACGCCGAACAUCGAACUCAUUCAAGGCCGAACGUUGGUAUAAUUGGCCGGUCGUGGCCGAUUCCGAAGAUCCACCAAGCAGGCAGCAUGUGCAUCCCGGCGAGCCAGACAACCUACUCCUGGGGUUAUGACCACCCAUCACCAGUGGGGCAACCGUGGGGUAGGCUAUAAUAGGUGUAUUUAUUUAUCCCAGGAGAGAGGUAUAAAAAUGCGCCCCGUGCCUCGCCAGAAGUCUAUCCUCGUACUGUCACGCAUAUUUGUCUGGGCUGCCCCGACCCCUUGUCAACGAUUAUGGACAUGAACGGAAUACUCGCUAUCUUCCGGCGCUUUUCCCAAUUUGAGGGUCAAGCAACGUCCGACGCUCUACCGGCAUAUGAAACGACCGCCGCUACGAGGGUUAGGGAGUUUCACGCCUCCAAGCAGCCAUUGUCGAUGCUUUUGCCAGCAUUUCCAUGGAAGAACCCAAACACGGAAAAGACGCUGAGCUCAGACCCUGACUUUGGCGAGGAACUGGCCAUGGCCAGGCUGAACCAUAUGUGCGAAGAGCUGUCUAUAGUUUAUCCCUUUGGUGCCGAGGUUACGCUUGUGGCUGAUGGCCCCGUGUACAAUGAUCUUCUGGCAAUUCCAGAUGCAGAUUUCUACGAUUAUGGAAUCAAGCUCCGUCGCAUGGCAGCGAACGAGGGCUUCACGCACGUAAAGUUUACCCGCCUGCUUGAUGUGCUUCGUCUAGGCAAUGGCGACGCCCUAUCCAAGACAGAAUAUACUUCCAAGGCAGAACUAUGCCGGCGCGAGAUGGAGGGUAGGUUUCUCGGCGCAAAUUUCGACCUCGAUAGCCAAGUUGCGGCUGAAAGGGAUACCACUCUGACAUACCAAAAGUAUGUCAAGUCGGCUCGUGAAGACCUCAAGUGGGGUCAGGCGAUAGACCCAGCCAUAAAAGCUGACCCUGAACGUUACGAAGCCGAGGCUCAGAAGAUCGCAGAGCGUAUGACCAAGAGGCUCCUGGCUUACGAAGGAGCGCUCGCAUAUCGCUUUCCUAACUAUAUACGGCUCUCUAUACAUAGGUCGACUGGUAAACCGAAAAUAUCUGUACCGCUGAUCCCUCAGCCACAAGGGUUCCCUCUCACCCCUUGGCACUCCUGUGUUGUGGUGGCAGCCUCAGGGGAGUACAGAACCGGCAACGCAAAAGACUUUCGCAACCUGGAUAAGUAUGAGGUCAUUAAGAAAGAUGGCGUUCCCUACUUCCUACGUGAGAGGCACCCAGAUUUUGACUGGCCAAGCCACGUCAAGCUUUACCACAAGUAUGGGGGUCAGGCUGUGCUGGUAAAUGAAUCAAAUGACAAGGAGAAGAAGCAGCUGGAUGGAGAUUUGAAACUUAAACUGGCCAAUGUAGCACUUCGUCUAGGAGGAGUAGAGGUCCGUGGAUUUGCUACUUGAGAUUUGCAUCGCAUUACUAGUUUUUCGGCGAAAAUGUCUCGUCCUCUUCGUGCAUGUAGCAAAAUUCAAAAGCAGACAUACCGAC